GCGGCGCUGCUCAGUCCGGGCCGCGCCGCGGGAGGGAGACAGAGUGGGAGGAGGGAGAAGGGCCAGGCAGCGCCGUGCGCUCCGCCCGGCCCCAUGCCCGGAGCUCCACAGGACCGCCCCUGAACACGGGCGCCCCACCGGUGCCCCCCCGCCCCGUUGGCACCAUUGCCCCGACGGCGCGACCGGGCGGCCCGGCGCUUGCUAGGCUCCGCGCCGGGAGGAAGACGCUGCUGGCGGCCGCAGUGGGAGUGGUGAUGCUGCUGGUCCUGGUUGUGCUGAUCCCCGUGCUCGUCAGCUCUGGCGGCCCCGACGGCCACUAUGAGAUGCUGGGCACCUGCCGAAUGGUGUGCGACCCCUACCCGGCUCGAGCCCCAGGCUCCACCACUGCCGCCCGCCCCGACGGUGAACCCCUGAGCGAGCAGAGUGGUGCACCCCCGCCCUCCACCCUGGUGCAGGGACCCCAGGGAAAGCCUGGCAGAGCCGGGAAGCCUGGACCCCCAGGACCCCCAGGAGAUCCUGGCCCUCCGGGUCCCGUGGGCCCGCCUGGGGACAAGGGUGAGCCCGGAAAGCCAGGUCCCCCUGGGCUCCCGGGCCCUGGAGGCAACGGUGCUAUCAGCACUGCCACCUAUACCACGGUGCCCCGGGUGGCCUUCUACGCGGGCCUGAAGAAUCCCCACGAGGGCUACGAGAUCCUCAAAUUCGACGACGUGGUCACCAAUCUAGGGAACAACUACGACGCAGCCAGCGGCAAGUUCACGUGCAACAUCCCUGGCACCUAUUUCUUCACCUACCACGUCCUGAUGCGAGGAGGGGAUGGCACCAGCAUGUGGGCAGAUCUCUGCAAGAACGGGCAGGUCCGGGCCAGCGCCAUCGCCCAGGAUGCUGACCAGAACUAUGACUAUGCCAGCAACAGCGUGAUUCUGCACCUGGAUGCUGGGGACGAGGUCUUCAUCAAGCUAGACGGCGGCAAGGCGCACGGCGGCAACAGUAACAAAUACAGCACCUUCUCCGGCUUCAUCAUCUAUUCCGACUGAGCCGGGACAGAGCGGGGUGGGGGGCAGGGCGUCUCUCCCUCCCUCGGCCCUUCCCGACCCCUUCCUCCCCAAGCCUCGCCCUGGGGGCAUUUUCGGAGCUAUACUUACACCGAAGCAGGCGAGUAAAGAGGGAAGAAUGUCCCCGGUCUCCUCCUGCCUCCUUCCCCACAUCCCCAGUUAGACCCCGAAAGGAAGGGAGGGGCUAGAGGAGUGGAGGAUGGAGGCAACCUCAGCCUGCUCUCACAUCUGGAGCCUUAGGGGCCACCAGCUAUGCGGCCACAGACCAGAGCCCCGGAGUAGCUCCAGUUCACAGACCGCUCCCUUUGGCCCCGGGGUUGUAAAGAUCUCCCCUUCCCCCUUCAGCACUGUAUAUAUGUAUAAUACGACUGUAUAUUGUCUCGGAGUGCCGCGUCCCCCUCCCGAUUUUCCCAAUCCCGGGGGAAGGCUGGAGAGGAGGAAUUAUCAGAAGGUAAACCUCUCCUCCAACAGGGGCUCCUCCCGUUUCCUGCCUCCCACCCUCGGGAGGUCGAGGUCGGGGUUGCCCAGGACAGCUUUCCUUAUCCCCUGAUUCCUUAACCCCCAGCGAUACCCAAAGUCCCUGGCCCGGCUCCGCCGCGCCCCGUCUGACCAAAGCUAUAAUAAAACACACACGUCCAUUC